AUGCUCGCCCCUUCUCAGGAUAGCGCUGGUGCUUCAGCUCGGAGUCCAUUGCCAUCAAAGAAGCCUCGGCCGACGUUGCGGCCACACACGGCCCCUGCGGUUGUGAAGGCUAGAGAGGCCGCACUGCCCAAGCGAGAGACUCGUCCCCCAGAGUUUGCUUCACUGCUUGUGGAUGCUUUUUCCUCUGGAAAGACCAGUGCAACCCAG